AUGGUUUCCAGUCGUUUCCCCAAAGGAAACAGAUUUGAUCCAAUCGUUUCCCCAGAGGAAAUAGAUUUGAACCCUCUUGAAGGAAGAUCCGGGCCCAUUUAUGUGAUUGAAUCCGCUUCGUAUGUGUUCGAUCCAGAGAUUUUAGGGUUCUUUGAGGCGACCUCAACCCAGCAGCUCGUAUCGGGAGAAGGUAUUGCUGGUAAAGCGUUGGGUACAAACCAUCAAUCGAAGGAUUAUUUGGUAAGGUGCACUCCUCUAUAUUGUAAAAAUUGCUCUUCUUUCUCCUUUAUUCAUGCCUCUGAUUUCGAUUUUGAUUCUUCUUGUAUUCUCCUCUGUAAAACCCUGACUGGAAAAGUGAUAUCUAGAUUUCCCAUUCUUUCUCGUUCCUAUAUCCCUUUGGCACUUACCGAUUUUUCUCCCUUCCUCGAGACAAACGUCGGUCACCUAAACUCAAAUCCUCUAAGGAUACCUGCUCUGAUUCAUUCCCAAAAAUCAAAAAAUCUCGUUGUCUAUCCCACAGUUUAUCAAUUCAGAAUUUUGGGAGACAGAAUAUUGCCUCAUUUGUGGUUCGUGGCCUACACUACUGCUUCACCGCCCUGCUCCACUCUUAUCUGCCCUAGCUUGUCCGUCCUCUACCACCUCCUUCAUAUGGUUAUGUUUAUGAAUGUGCUAUUUCUUUUUUACUUAAGAGUUGUUUCUUUUGGGACUGUUUACAAGGGCUAUAUUGAUGAGAAUGUUCGGGUUGGUCUCAAUUCUCUUCCUGUUGCUGUUAAGACUGAAGUUAAUUUCCUUGUUCAGCUCAGACAUCCCAAUUUGGUGAAAUUGAUUGGGUAUUGCUGUGAAGAUGACCACAUAUUGCUUGUUUAUGAGUUCAUGUUUCGAGGAAGCCUUGAAAAUCACCUCUUUCGAAGAGGUAGAAAUACAAUGCAUGGGCAUAAAAGUGGUACAAAUAUUCUGCUGGAUGUAUUGUCAAGCGGGUCACCACCUGCUCCUGCUCCUGCUACUCAAAAAAGUGCUUUGGAUACUCUUUCAUCACCUAUACCUACACCUGGUGCUUCCCCUAUGAUGGAUCUAUUAGAUGGAUUCGGUCCAAAUCCUACACCACCGCCACCACCUAACACACAUACACAGUUCCUACAGCUGCAUUUAGAGCCUGCUAGCAGUAAUACUCUUCCUGGAAAGGCCAGUGGUUCUAUAACACAGAAAUUACGAGUCACCAAAAAUCAACAUGGCAAGAUUACAAACACCAAUUUCUUUCAAACAACAGAAGAUCUAGAGUUUAAUUGGGUGAUUGAAGGUGAUGGAUGUAAUCUUGAUUCUGGAACUCUCAGUCUACCAACAUUAGAGUUUAAUUGGGUGAUUGAAGGUGAUUUUGGUUCUUGA